AAAACUUUUAAAUUUUGACCUUUGAAUUAUUAAAUUUUUAAGACUCUGAAUGACAUUUUGAAUAAGGACAAUGCGGAAUGGCAAGAUUUAAUUAUACUCAAGUAAUUAUAUUCGAAACGUGCUCAUGCAGACGUUACCGUUGAUGUCGCUUUAAGAAAAUUUCCCUCGCUUGGCUUGAGUUGUUCAGUUUGCGAUUGCGAUUGAUGCGGGCGUGCUCUGACGGAACCUCGCACGGUUUUCAACGCGGAGUCUGUUUUGGAGUUAAUAUUUCUCAGCCCGCUAAAAAUGCUUGCGUCAGACUGGCUGGUGUAAGUUAACGUUCGUUGGCCUGCAGGAUGGAGCUGACUAGAAUGUCUACAGCUAACUUAAUAAAGGAGUUAAUACAAUUUGGUAUCGAAGUCACUGAAGAGGAGAGGAAAAAGUUUGAAGACAAUGAUGUGGAUGGAGAGACUGUUGACAUCGGACUGACUGAGUCAAUGAUUUCAUUCCUCUUUGAGGGAUCAUUUAAAAAACAAGCAAAAUUUCAUCGAUUUGUUCAGCAGAUGAAAGAGACAGUGACAUUAACUCUUGAACCUGUGCCUGUAGAAAGCCAGUCAAGAGCUGGAGCAAGUAAUAUCAGCCCAUCAACAGCUUUCCCUGCAUUUUUUGAAGUUCCGAAGUUUCCAUUUGAUGUUCAGGCCAAAUUGGACCGAAAAGAAUGCAGACUAACGUCAUCAGACCGAAACAAAAUUAUUAGAACGUUGUAUGAAAGCAUGGCUCAGUACAAAAUGUAUCCAACUACAGAAGAGUAUGUUCAAGUGGCUAAGGCCCUGACUCUGAGGUAUCCCUUUUUAAAAGACAAAGAGGGCAAUGGAUAUCACACUUGGCACAUGUCUCUGAAACGCAAGUUUAAAUUUGAGCGGACACCUUUGGCUGAAGUUGAAGAAGUGAAAAGACUUAAACAGAAGUUUGGUCAUUCAAAAAAGUCUCUGCAACCUGAAGAAAGCAGUUGCAAAGAAAUUACAAGGCCUUUGGAGAUUAAUGCUGUUGGAGAGGAUGCUACAUCAAUAGAGGGACAUGUGAAAGUCCUGCAGGACCAAUAUAGAAGGACACAGCCAGAGACUCACAUUGUUGAAGAUCGAAUGAGGAGGACCUUUGCCUGGAGGCGGCAGGAGAUUACUAGUGGUAUGACUGUUGAAGAUGUCGUCAACAAAUAUCCAUUCUUGAAGAGUCCAUCAGGGCUUUAUCAAGAAAUUGGUUUCCUGUAUAAAUGUGUUCAACUGAGCCGCCAUUUUCGAGAACAUUUUGGACACAUUACAUCCAGCGUGCUACGGCUCGCUCAAGGGAAAUCCCCUCUAGCAAAGCUGCACAAAGAAGCUAGAGAAGAAUCUCUCUGUGAAGACCAUCUUGGAAUUGAUUUUAAAGCAGCACUUCUCAUGUUGCCAGCCUUGUUCAGAGAGAAACUUGAACAUUUCAUUGUGCUUGGAGAGAGUGAACCAUCCUCACCAUAUCCUACUGUUCAAGUACAGGAGACCACUGACUGGAAAACUGUGUUUACAAGAAGAGUCACUGCAGUCAUCAAAGUUGAUGGGAUCGAAAUCUGCCAGGCAAACGGUGUGGAUGAAGGGGCUCUUGCAGCAUUUUGUGCUUAUUUCGUCUUCAAUUUGACAUAUCCAUCCCACCUGAAGAACACCCUGGUGUUUCUUCAGCGGUAUGUUUUGAAACUUACUGUGGAUGGUGACAAGCCUCUACCUACCCCAGUUACCAGAAUAAUUAAUCUCUUAUAGUAACAUCAGCAAAAAUGCCCCGCCUCUUCAAUUGCCCUAAAUGUUCUCGAAGAACAUUUACAAUCAUCAAAUUAAUCCAGCACAUUGGUCUCAUUCAUGCACAUGAGGCAAAUUUUUCAAUAACUUGUGGUCUUAAUGACUGUCAGAGAUCAUUCACGAAGUAUGCGUCCUUUAGAUGUCAUGUUUACCGAAAGCAUAAAAAUACGGUGUUACAACAGACUACUACUACGACUACUGACCCUCUGCCUCUGCUUGAGGAGGUUGAGAAAGAAUGUACUACUGAUGUUGCUUUUUCAGCGCCCCCAAACAUGAAUGAGCUGUUGCAGCAAUUUAGAGAGAACCUUUUUGCCUUCACAUUGAAAUGCAGAGAAAAAAAUCACUUGCCUCAGUCAGUACAGCAAGAAAUUUUGGAUGAUGUUAAUUUCCUGUUUAGUUUUUUCAAAGAGAACUAUGAUGAAUUUCUUGCAUAUCAUCUAGAAAAAAAUGGCUUUGAUCUUGCAGCAUGUCCAGAACUUCAAGAAGUGCUACAGUCCCCA